GGCGGUCCUCAACUGCAGAGCUCAACAAUGCAGAUUCUGACUUAACGCAGCAAAACUCGGCGCUGAUUCAUCCGAAACUCGGCGAUGAAUUCGCGAGAAGUCGCACUGGUCUCCGCAGCCACCAUCUUCGGAGCCCUGGCUUCCACACUCGCGAUUCGCUUCUUCUUCACCAACCCCAAAAACUACUUCUCUGGAAAGUACUCUUCUCAAAAUGGUCAAAACGGCGUCGUUUCCAAGACCGCUUCUUCUCAGAGCCCUUUCGACCCCUCAAAACGAAGAGGGUACUUGUCUUGGGAUGAUUAUUUCAUGGCAAUUGCGUUUCUGUCAGCUGAAAGAUCUAAGGAUCCUAACAGGCAGGUUGGUGCAUGCUUGGUGAGUCAAAAUGGAGUGAUUCUUGGCAUUGGCUAUAAUGGGUUCCCAAGAGGCUGUUCAGAUGACAAGCUCCCUUGGGCAAAGAAAUCCAAAACUGGGGAUCCUUUGGAGACGAAGUAUCCUUAUGUUUGUCAUGCUGAAGUCAACGCCAUCCUAAACACAAACCAUGCAUCUGCUGCUGGACAGAGGCUUUAUGUGACCAUGUUUCCUUGCAACGAAUGUGCCAAGAUAAUCAUUCAGUCAGGUGUCUCUGAAGUCAUCUAUUUUGUGGAGAAGAGGUUGAACAACUCACAAGUUGCAUAUAUCGCUUCUCACAAACUUCUAUCAAUGGCUGGCGUAAAAGUGAGGAAACAUCAACCACAGAUGGACCAGAUUUUGAUCAAGUUUGAGGAGCUCUAGUUUCAGUAGAUGAAGGGUGUUGCUUUUACUGUAACAUUAGUCAUUUGUACUCUGAGAUCAAGAGGCCCAUGGUAAUCAUUGGGACAAUAGAUAACAGUUCUUCAAACUGAGAUGCAUUUGAUGUAAUUUGGACUGAAAAUAUUUUUGGGAGUGAUUCUGGGAACAAUUUUUUUUUGAAAA